CAGUAGACAUGCUUUUGGAUAAUGAAGAUAAAAUUUCCAUUGACAGAGUCGUUGAAGAAUUAGAAAACAGGCCUGAGCUACAGCAUGUGUAUUUGCACAAGCUUUUCAAGAGGGACCACCAUAAAGGCCAGCGAUAUCAUGAGAAACAGAUCAGCCUUUAUGCUGAAUAUGAUCGUCCAAAUUUACUGCCAUUUCUCAGAGACAGCACGCACUGUCCACUAGAGAAGGCUCUUGAGAUCUGCCAACAGAGGAACUUUGUAGAAGAGACAGUCUAUCUUCUGAGCAGAAUGGGUAAUAGCCGGAGUGCCUUGAAGAUGAUAAUGGAAGAAUUGCAAGAUGUAGAUAAAGCUAUUGAAUUUGCCAAGGAACAAGAUGAUGGAGAACUUUGGGAAGACCUCAUUUUAUAUUCUAUCGAUAAACCACCUUUUAUUACUGGUUUGUUGAACAACAUUGGAACCCACGUUGAUCCCAUUCUUUUGAUCCACCGCAUCAAGGAAGGCAUGGAGAUUCCUAAUUUGAGAGACUCACUAGUGAAAAUUCUUCAGGACUACAACUUGCAGAUCUUGCUGCGGGAAGGUUGCAAAAAGAUACUUGUUGCCGAUUCUCUCUCUUUAUUGAAGAAAAUGCAUCGAACUCAGAUGAAGGGCGUUCUAGUAGAUGAGGAGAAUAUUUGUGAAUCAUGCCUGUCUCCAAUACUUCCUUCAGAUGCAUCCAAGUCCUUCAACGUGGUAGUGUUCCACUGCAGACAUAUGUUUCACAAAGAGUGCCUCCCGGUAUCUAACACAGUAUCUCCUGUCCAGUUCUGCAACAUAUGCAGUGCCAAACACCGAGGGCCAGGAAGUGCAAUCCUGGAGAUGAAGAAAUAGCACUCCCCUAGUUCUCCAUGCCAGUCUGUGACACCAACUCUGUUAGGAUGAUGCAGAACCACUGUAGUUUCUGUUAGUCAUCGUUUCUGUAUAUAAUUCUAAUUGUGUUUUAAAGCUGGUUUCUCUAAGAUAUCCAGCUUAUUGAAUGUUUUCAGGAAAGAGAAAAUAUUGAAAACCUUUCCCUAGUAAGUCUUUGUUAUGCAAUUCAUAUUUCACUGUUCCUUUGCUUGGCUUGUUACUUAACUCUGGAACAGAAAAGAGAAAUAAAAUGGGAAGAAAA